AUGCAGCUCGACAACAGAAACCGAGGACUUCCUAUUCAACAAUUCGCCGUGGCAGGUCUGAAAGACGAAGAAUGCAGAACGAAAUUUGCCAACAUUUGUCUAUUCAUGUUGGAAUACGGAGGAGGAAGAAGCUCAGCGAUGCGGAUUCGUUCACAAUUUGCCUCCGGAAUGCUGCAAGGGAAACACUUCCGGUUCUAUUGCCACGAAAUGCUUUUGCAUCUGCGGAAACAAAAGCCACACAUACUUCGGCUGCAUCGCCAGCUGCAAAAAGACCGGAAACGAGUAGACGUCAAGAGCGAAGAAGAACAAGAAUAA